AUGUCAGACACUAGUCAAGUACAUCAACGUUCCUCGCAAGCUGACACUGCGGCUCCACUGUUGUGGACUCAUGUGGUUAACUCACGCCGCAAAGGCAACAACAGACAACAACAAUCCAUCGUCUCUUUCAACCCCACCAUCGUCAAACGACCUGUUACUGAAGCAGAAGCCUCGCAACAGGCCAUCAAUGGGGAUACUUCGCCACCACCUCAGGCGGUCAUCCGUCCAUUCCUCAAAGGCGUGGAACAGGAUUCCGUCUUCAUCGAUCUGACACCUAUCAAGGAUCGCAGUCUCUUGAACAAGGCUCUUCUUCAAUUCAACGAAUCCUCCAAUGCUGAAGACAUGUAUGAAGAAUUCCUUGGAUACAGGAAACAACCUCGACACUACCUCAACCAUGCCUUCUUGGAAACCAUGUGGCUGCCCAACAGCGGAGGUCGUAAGACUCUCAUUGAAGAAGGUAUUACUCUAGAAGAUGGCAUCUUUGUGAAAGGGUUUGCCUCGUACCAUGCCGAUGCUAGGAUUGUGAAACUGACUCUGGAGAAUCUCCCUUUCUUGCCUGCCCUUCAGUUGAAGGAGGAAAUGGCUGCCCGUCUUUCUGCGUUCGGGGAUGUCUUGGAUCACGGCAUCUCGAGAACUGAUGGGAUCUAUCAAGGAGAAGGCUAUGCUACUCUUAAUCUAACGGUUCCUUCCAGCCCUGAUUAUGAAUGUCAAUAG